GCCGGAAACACUCUCUUCAGUCACGUCAGGUCGACGACGAAGACACGGAAAGGUUGGUGAAGGAGCGAAGAAAACGAAAGGCGGCCACUCACUCGCAGUCGCAGGUUCUAGACCACCAAACCCAGCGGCUCCGCUCAUCCCAGGUCGGCUCUCGCAUUCCUCCACAGAUUUCGCAGUUUUGCUGGGCGGACUGCAGAAUGGGGGGCGGAUCCGGAUCUUUCCUCAAGGUCUUGGUCAACAACAUGGAUGUUCUCGCGGGGCCUUUAGUUUCACUUGCAUAUCCUCUGUAUGCCUCUGUUAGAGCAAUUGAAACAAAAUCUGCUGUGGAUGAUCAGCAAUGGCUCACAUACUGGGUGCUGUACUCAUUUAUCACUCUAUUCGAGCUCACCUUUGCUCCAGUACUCGAAUGGCUCCCAUUCUGGUCUUAUGCGAAACUGUUUUUCAAUUGCUGGUUAGUAUUGCCACAGUUCAAUGGAGCUGCACAUGUAUAUGAGCAUUUUGUGAGGCCAAUGAUUGUAAAUCAGCAAGUUGUAAACAUCUGGUAUAUUCCAAAGAAGGAUGAAUCAGGCAGGCCUGAUGAUGUAAUUUCAGCUGCACAGAGAUACAUUGAGCAAAAUGGAUCAAAAGCGUUUGAGAAUCUUGUUAACAAGUUUAAGAGUUCAAACCCAAAGCGCUCAAUUCUGGAGGAGGUAGAGGUUGAAAGGAGAGCCAGGAUUCAACGAGAAUCUGAAGCAAGGGAGGUGAAUCCUUUCUUCAAUCCAGAAUAUCAAUACUAGGCAACCUGUUUUCUUUCACUCUCCAGGAAUGUGCUAGGAUCAGUUUGGAGGAAGAUGUCUGGAUAUUAGCACUGCAUUUUGCACCUACCGAGUCGAUAAUAUUGUGUAGCUGUAAAACCAUGCAUGAUUGUUGUAAAUAUGUUGUAGCGAUGGAACUCCUUCAUAUAAUGGUCAUGUCAUGAAUAUUUCAUGUUGCUCAAAAUUAUGUAUUCGUGACACUGGACUCUAGUUAUGUGCCUCAAUGGUUUCAUGAAGGUAGUUGUUGAUCUAGGUA